AUGCUUUCCAAGACCUUCUCUGUUGCUUUAGCAACUGUUGUCGGAUUACUCUUAUCACCUGCUGGCGUAUUUGCGACACCUGCGGUCGAACCAAGAGCAUAUGGCGGUUAUUGCGAUCUGUCCGACGGGGUGUGUGAAGGGCGUGGAAUUUGCAACGUGUAUCUUGGCGAGGUUCAACAUUUUAGUCAAUGCUGUGGAAAAUUGCCUCGCUAUCACUGUGGCGCUACCGGCAACGGCUGCCGCACAGGCUCGCAUGGGGUUAUCACGGACUGCGAUUAA